AUGAUUCCCUUCCUCAUCGUAUCCCCCUUUGGCGGCCUGAUGGCAGACCGCAUCGACCGGCGCACGCUCGCGCAGCUCAUGCUGCUCGCCAGCUUUUUCGUAACUGCGAUUCUUACCGUACUCGUAAUCUCCGGCGAGGUGCAACUGUGGCAUGUCGCUGUCCUGGCGUUCCUGGGCGGCGGAUUCCGUGCCGUCCAGGAACCGACAGUCACAGCGCUCAUCCCGAACCAGGUGCCGCAAAGCGUUCUGCUGAAUGCCAUAACUCUGAACGCCGCUACUCGUCAUGGCGCGCGCUUCUUCGGGCUUCUCAUCGCCGCCCCGCUUAUGGCCAUCCCCACCAUGGGCGUCGCGGGGGUCCUGGUGCUCAGUGCCCUUCUAGCCGGAGUCAGCACGCUGAUGAUGUCUCUGGUGAAGACUAGGGAAAGUCUGGGCGCUACCGACGGAUCAAUCCUUGGAUACUUGGUGAUGGGUUUCGGAGCAGGCUCCCUUGUCGGAAUACUCCUCUUGGCGGGCGUUCGCAGCGAGAAAUUAAAGGGGCAGCUUCUGGUCUGGACCGGUCUGGGGAGCGGCUUGGCGCCCAUUAUUCUCGCGCUGUCAUUCAACGCGCCAAUGGGCGUAUUGGCAAGCGCAGGGAUGGGUCUUUCACAGGCGACUUUCAUGGCCCUAACGAGCGCCUAUGUGCAGACCAUUGCUCCCGACAGGUUGCGGGGCCGAAUUUCCAGCCUGUACAUACUGUUCGCAGGAGGCAUCAUGGCUUUUGCCAAUCUCGGCUACGGAUUCGCUGCCGAUGAGUUCUCUGCGCCUCCAAUUCUAUUGAUUACUGGCCUUAUUUUCAUCGCGUAG